ACGGAGAUGUUUCCCACCGAGGACAUUUGAGAAGCAGACUCAAUUGUGGUCAUGAAGUAAUUUCACGGUAUUUUAAAAAGCAGAAUAACGAGCGUACCCCAGUGCCUGAAGGGUGCUGUCGUGGAUGGAGCCCCAUGGCCCUGACUUGGAGGUCCGGCCGGCAGUGCGGCGGUGUGUGGCAGCCCUCUCCUCCUCUGGGGACCUGAACGAGGUGACCCAGAGUCUGCGCACGCUGGGGGGCUUCCUGGGGGAAGGCGGUGACGGAGACCAGCCCCCGCCGGGACAGCGGGGCGAGUUUGCCCGGGCGCACUACACCCGGGUCCUGCAGUGCCUCGUUGGUCACGCCGGCGCUAGCUGGCUAGAGCUCCUGCCGCCCGCCCAGCGCGCCGAGCUCUGGGACGGCCUGUUCCUGAGAGGACCCCCGGACCAGGCUCUCCUGGUGCUGCUGGACAGCCUGAGCUCCAGCAGCCCAAGUGCAGGUCUGGACAGGGUGCUGGAUGUCUUGAAGCAGUUCCUCCGCGCUGGGCGUCUGAAUGCACUUCUGUGGUCACGGUGUCACGGGGUACCCCCUCCGGAGUCCCCCCAGCUCCGGGAGGCCCUCUUGGGGCGCCUGGUCUCCCUGCCUGAUAUCGCCGCCAACCGCCUACAGCACCAGAACUGCGCUGAUUUUCUGCCAGCCAGUUACUACCCACUCCUGGCCAGAGAGGUGGGCACCGUCCUGGAGCAGAUCUGUGUGGCUCUGAGAGGAGGACAGGACUGCUCUCUGACUUUUGUAGCCCAGCUGCUGGGGAAGGCCUGUAUGCAAGGACACAGUGAGCUCAUGUUCGCAGAGCUGGUGCCCCGCCUCUCCGCCCUCACCCAAUCAGACAUGGUGUGGCAGAGGGUGUGCUGGCGAUUGGUGGAGAGUGUUCCAGAGCGCUGGGUGGAGGGCGUGGUCACAGGACUGGUGCAGGCUGUGGACAGGCCAGGCGCUCUAUCCAGGAUCCUGGGCAACGUGGUUGUGAAGAAUAAAAAAGCCCAGUUUGUCAUUACUCACAAGCUCCUGCUGCUGCAGUACAAGUACAAGACUCCUGUGCUGCGGAGCAUCGUGGGAUACCUAGCUCAGGACAGGGAGCGCCGCCCUCUUCUCAUACAGGCGCUGCGGGCCCUGCUGGAGGCCUGGUGCAGCGGCAGCGCGGUCCGGCACACCCCGCUGGAGCAGCAGCUGUACCUGAGCCGAGCCCUGCUGCUGUGCGCGGCGCAGCUGACCGAGGCCGAGCUGCGAGAUCUGCGCGCAGAGAUCCUGCAGCGCAUGAUGGACGGGAUGCAGUGCCAUCUGGACAGCAGCGUAAGCCGGGUCAGGCGUCUGGGCAUGGUGGUGGGAGAGUGUCUGAGCGCCAGGCUCGACCCAGAGGGCACCCAGCUCAAAUUCCAGUAUGAUCACGAUGCUGAGACCCAGGAGCUGGUGUCACUGAUGUCUCCUCUUCCUGCCAGUGAGUCCCUCUCUGAGGACACCCCUGCAGCUGACAGAACUGAAUUGCCACUGAAUAGUUCGGAGUCACCUGAUAGAGGCCAGAAAUCGACAACUCAACCAGAUUCACAUCAGAUUUCAAUGGGAACAGAGCAAACCACAGAUAAGGGUGAUGACUCUGAACUGGACAGUGAUGACGAGCUGACCCCCUACGACAUGUCCCAGGACCAGAAGCUGAGUGAAGUCCCCCCACCUCGCUACCUGCGAGACUGCCUGGAAGCCCUCACCACCUCCGGGGAUCCUGGGAAGGUGGAGGCGAGUCUCCAGGCCGCCGAGGGCCUGAUCCGGAGGAACGCUGCGGCGGCCAGGGAGGUGAGUGUCCAGCUGACCAAAGUCCUCCUGCACCUGGAGGACAGCUACAACACCGCAGGAUUCCUGGGGCUGCGACAGGGUGCCAUGGUGGCCCUCGCCGUCACCGACCCCAUCCCGGUGGCAGAGUUCCUGACCACUGAGUUCUUUGCGCUGAACUACAGCCUGUGCCACCGGAUGGACAUCCUGGAGGUGAGAAGCUGGGGCGCCGGCGCAGCGCCCUGCAGGACAGGGGAGACCCUCGUUCUCCCAGCUCAGGCCUGGAGAGCACUGAUAGACCACCUGGGUACAGGAAAACCCACUUCAGCUGGGCAUUUUCUGGCUGGGCUUUGCUGUUCUCAGUGUCUGUGCUUUCCUCUGGACUGGCAGGGUGCCCGCCGGCCGGCUGGCAGUGCCCCCCCGAGCCGCUUCGCCCCGGUCGCUGGACACUUCUUCUUCCCUCUGCUGCGCAACUACGACAGGCCGCAAGUGACCUUUGACCUCCUGGGAAGUGACCACCUGCUCCUGGGACGCCUGGUUCACACUCUGGGGCUGCUCAUGCACCUGGCGGCCAACGCUCCGGUGGCCACGCAGAUGGGCCGGGCACUGCUGGACUUCGUGUGGGCCGUGCGGUACCAUGUGGACCAGGUGGUCCGGCGAGGGGUCCUCUUUGCCGUCUGCGCUGUGUUUCUGAGCAUGCCCAGUCAGCACCUGCUGGCGGAGCUGAGCGAGCACCUCCUGGAGACGCGGGCCUGGCUGACAGAUGUGGCCGAGGGGGACCCCGAUGACGAGUGCCGCAGCCUGGCGAUGCAGAGCCUGCUGCUGCUGGAGAGGAGCCUUAAGAAAGAGCUGGAGCCCGAGCCCCUGGCCCUGCGGCCCUGAGUGUCCGGGGAGUCUGCUGGCGGGGCAGGACAGGAGCCUUGAGGACCUGCCAGGCAGCACGCAGGCUGUUGCAUCCGGUACAGUGUGUCCAGCCAGGGGAAGGAGGUGGGAUGCCAUCGCCGGGACAUUAACAUGCACUCAACACACUGGGUGAAAUAUUUAUAGACUUGGCAACUUGGAGGAUGGGCCAAAAAUACCUUUGGAAUUACACAAGGAAGGGGACUUCUUUUUUUAAAACCUUUAUGUUCUUUCCUGUGCUUGAGGAUCUGCUCUUUACUUCGGUGGGUGCAGGUGUUAUCAGUGGAAAUGAUGUAAACUGCCCCUCCUCCUUGCAACCUCCUUAUCCGAAAAUAAACUUUUUGUUUUCCAAAUGAA